AAGUAGUAUCAUGGUGGGAUGGUGGUACCACUACAAACAUGUCGUGUUGUCAUGAAGAGACACAACCCAUUACCAGCCCGAAACAGUUCUCUUACACCAGAGAUUAGAUUAGGUUUUAGUCUAUCCCAAUUCUCUCUGUCGGAAAUCCAUAUCCAUAGGGUAGUUUGUUGUUAGCAGCUGACUCUGCCCCCUUGGAUAUUCACCGGGACAACAUGCCGUCGUUAACAUCAACAACGAAUCUCUGAGUUGCGUCGUGUUGUCCCGUUAGAUUCCCUUUUUUUUUUUUUUUAUAAUUUUUCGAAUCUUCCAACGUAGCCCCUCGUUCCCACUUGAGCUACAAAGUUUCUGAAUUUCCAAUUCAAUUUUGUCUCCCGGCUGCUCAUUACUUCCAUCAAUUGCUUGUCCUGGCCCAGUUUGUUUGUUGAAGCCUAUGGAACCUGAGAAAGCCUUAGUCUUGGAAGCAAUUUCCAUGGAGGAAAUUGGGAUCCCAAUUGUCUCUGAGAAGGUUGAGAUUCUUCCUAUGACAAAGGGACUGUCUUGCAAUUCUGUAUGUGCUUUUUCCAGACAGGAACACAGUGUUUUGGCAUCUAAAGAGUCAUCAAAGUCAGCAAGGAAACUUUCUUUACUCAUAGCUUUCUAUGCUGUUGUUAUGGUUGUGGAAGUUAUAGGGGGUGUAAAAGCUCACAGUUUGUCUGUCAUCAGUGAUGCUGCUCACUUGCUUUCUGAUAUUGCUGGGUUCUCUGUCUCUCUCUUUGCAGUGUGGGCUUCGGGUUGGGCGGCGACGCCGCAUCAAUCUUUUGGGUACAAUCGUCUUGAGGUUUUGGGUGCCCUUUUAUCUGUGCAGUUUAUUUGGAUGAUAUCUGGUUAUUUGAUAUAUGAAGCUGUUGGUAGACUUCUUCACCAAAAUGAAAGGGUGAAUGGAAUGCUCAUGUUUGCAAUUGCAGCAUUUGGGUUUGUUCUUAACCUUAUCAUGGUUGUAUGGCUUGGUCAUGAUCAUCAUCAUGGCUUUGGAGGGAAUGAUCAUUGUCAUCAUCAUCAUCAUCAUCAUGGGUUUGGAGACUCAGAUCAUGGACAUGAUCAUGAUGAUCAUGGCCAUAGUCAUAGCCAUAGCAAUAGCAAUAGCAAUAGCCAUAGCCAUAGCCAUAGUCAUAGUCAGUUCUGUGGAGACUCAGAUCAUGAUCAUGGGAUGGAGGAAGUGGAGCUAGCUAAAUUGACUGAUGAGGAGGAGAACCUGAGCAUGCUUCCAGGUAGCCAGAGAAAUGUUAGUGUCUUGAACUUUAAUCUCCAAGGGGCCUAUUUGCAUGUCAUGGCUGAUAUGAUUCAAUCUAUUGGAGUGAUGAUUGGCGGAGCUGUAAUAUGGGCAAAACCAGAGUGGUUUAUAGUUGACCUUCUAUGUACUCUCUUAUUCUCUGUUUUGUCCUUAAGUACUACUGUACCCAUGCUUAGGAAUAUAUAUGGCAUUCUGACAGAGGGUGCACCUAGUGAGAUCAAUGUCAUUCAGGUAGAAAAUGGUCUUAGAAGUAUUAAGGGAGUGCUGGAUGUCCAUGACUUGCACAUUUGGGCCAUAACAGUUGGUAAAAAUGUUCUGUCUUGCCAUGUAGUAGCUGAGCCUGGCAUCAACUCUGUUGAUUUACUAGGCACCAUUAAGCAUUACUGUGAAAAAUCAUAUCAAAUACAACAUGUAACCAUUCAAAUUGAGUAAGGCUACGUUCCUUUUGCUA